GGGAGGCGGCGAUGCGCACGGCCGGAGAGACGCGGAGGAGGAGACAUGAGCCGGCGGGCUCCCAGACGGAGCGGCCGUGACGCGUUCGUGCUGCAGCCGCGCGCCCCGGUCCUGGAGCGCUGACCCCUGGCCCCGCGCAGCCCCGCGCCCCGGCCAGAGAGCGCGCCCUGACUGCCUAGCCCCGCUGCGCAUGCAGUCUUUGGAGUGAGCCGACCAGCCAGCCAACCUCCCCGCGGACGCCCGGCCGACCGGCCGGCCAGCGCUGAACCAGUUUCCCCCGCACCGGCCGGGCAGCCUCCUGCCACGGAGGCGGCCCGCCCCGCAGCCCCCCGCGCCAGCCCGUAGGGCGCAGCGCUCGGGAGGAGCCGCGCGGGGCGCUGAUGCCGCAGGGCGCGCCGCGGAGCGCCCCGGAGCAGCAGAGUCUGCAGCAGCAGCCGGCGAGGAGAGAGCAGCGGCGGCGGCGGCGGCGGCGGCGGAGGCGCCCGGUCCCGGCCGCGCUGAGCGGACAUGUGCAGGCUGGGCUAGGAGCCGCCGCCUCCCCCGCCCAGCGAUGUAUUCUGCGCCCUCCGCCUGCACUUGCCUGUGUUUACACUUCCUGCUGCUGUGCUUCCAGGUACAGGUACUGGCGGCCGAGGAGAACGUGGACUUCCGCAUCCACGUGGAGAACCAGACGCGGGCUCGGGACGAUGUGAGCCGUAAGCAGCUGCGGCUGUACCAGCUCUACAGCCGGACCAGCGGGAAACACAUCCAGGUCCUGGGCCGCAGGAUCAGCGCCCGCGGCGAGGACGGGGACAAGUAUGCCCAGCUCCUAGUAGAGACAGAUACCUUCGGUAGUCAAGUCCGGAUCAAGGGCAAGGAGACGGAAUUCUACCUGUGCAUGAACCGCAAAGGCAAGCUCGUGGGGAAGCCCGAUGGCACAAGCAAGGAGUGUGUGUUCAUCGAGAAGGUCCUGGAGAACAACUACACAGCCCUCAUGUCGGCCAAGUACUCGGGCUGGUAUGUGGGCUUCACCAAGAAGGGGCGCCCCCGGAAGGGCCCCAAGACCCGGGAAAACCAGCAGGACGUGCACUUCAUGAAGCGCUACCCCAAGGGGCAGGCUGAGCCGCAGAAACCCUUCAAGUACACCACAGUGACCAAGCGGUCACGGCGGAUCCGCCCCACUCACCCUGGCUAGGCGCCGCCGGCCCAUGCUCACAACCCCAGAGAACUGCAUCAGAGGAAUAUUUUUACAUGAAAAAAAAAAUAAGGAAGAAGCUUUAUUUUUGUACAUUGUGUUUAAAAGAAGACAAAGACUGAACCAAAACUUUCAGGGAGAGGGACGCUACGGAUUUUAUCAUUGACUUGAACGUCCCCCUCCCCCCCAUGACAAAAGACUCAUGCCAAGGGGACUGUGAUUGACCCAUCGGUGCUUGCGAGGAAGACUCGAAACUUGUCCCCUUGAGGAGGGCUUGAAUAGGAAAACCGACACUCUGAGAAACCAAAGUCCUUUUUCCCAAAGGUUCCGAAAG